UGGUAAACAGAACAGAGUAUAAAAGAAAAACAGAGGAGAUUCUCUCUCUCGGCAUCUCCGAAUCGAAUCCGAGAAGGAAGAAGAAGAAGAAGCCUUGGAGAUCGAUCGAUGUUAAAAGAGGGUAUUAGAUGCACGAAGUUGGAUUGACGUGGGAUCUCAAUUCCUUCACGCAGCUUGCCCUCACUCUCUUCUUCCUCUCCUUCGGUCUCCUCUUCUUCGUCAAACGCACGGCCGCUAAGUACUUCGAGGUCGGCGGCGGCGGCUCCGGCGGUUUCGACAGCGACCUCCGCCGAGAUUCCAUGGUUCCCGACGCCUCUGAGUGCUCCGUCUGUGGGAAUCUCACCACCAAGAAGUGCUCUCGCUGCAAAUCCGUUCGUUACUGUUCUGCGGAGUGCCAAACGUCAGAUUGGAACUCAGGGCAUAAACUAAAAUGCAAGGUGUCUAAGAGUACUACUGGUCCCAAAGCUUCUCUGUUUGGGAAUGGCUCUGCGUCUAAAACUGCAUUGUCUCCUAAGCUGAGCCAAAUUAAGGCUAUCAUCAAGCCAGAAGACGUUCUUUUCCCAUACGAAACUUUUGUUCAGUAUUUUAACUGGGACAAACCUGGUUUGGCUCCUUGUGGGCUCACCAAUUGCGGAAACAGUUGUUUCGCUAAUGUGGUUCUACAAUGCCUAUCCUGGACACGCCCUCUUGUUGCGUACCUACUAGAGAGAGGCCACAAGCGAGAAUGUAGGCGCAAUGAUUGGUGCUUUCUCUGCGAGUUUGAAACUCAUCUCGAAAGAGCAAACAUUAGCCGGUUCCCUUUUUCACCAAUGAACAUUAUUUCACGGUUACCUAACAUUGGUGGAAACCUUGGGUAUGGAAGACAGGAAGAUGCUCAUGAGUUGAUGAGGUUUGUAAUUGACAUGAUGCAAUCUGUUUGCCUUGACGAAUUUGGUGGAGAAAAGGUGGUGCCUCCUCGUGCUCAAGAAACAACCCUUAUACAAUACAUAUUUGGCGGUCUCCUUCAGUCACAGGUCCAGUGUACUGUUUGCAGUAAUGUUUCUGACCAAUACGAAAAUAUGAUGGAUUUAACCGUUGAGAUCCAUGGGGAUGCGGUAUCAUUAGAGGAAUGUCUCGAUCAGUUCACAGCUAAAGAAUGGCUUCAGGGAGAUAACCUUUACAAAUGUGAUAGAUGUAAUGACUACGUGAAGGCAUGUAAGCGCCUUUCAAUCCGUUCUGCUCCUAAUAUACUUACCAUUGCCUUAAAAAGAUUCCAGGGUGGGAGGUUUGGUAAACUGAACAAAAGAAUAAGUUUUCCCGAGACAUUUGAUCUUGGCCCUUACAUGAGCUGCUGUGGAGGAGAAGGAUCAGAUGUAUACAAACUCUACGCUGUGAUUGUCCAUUUAGAUAUGUUGAAUGCCUCGUUCUUCGGCCACUACAUUUGCUACGUUAAGGACUUCCGAGGAGACUGGUAUAGAUUAGACGAUUCUGACGUGGAAAAGGUUGAACUAGAUGAUGUCCUUUCUCAACGAGCAUACAUGCUCCUCUACACCAGGGUUCAGACCAGACCACCAAGUCUUAGACCCGAAGAAGUUGAAGAGGAGAAGAAAACAGAUACGUUGAACACAGAAUCUAAUAGCCAUGAUGGGUCUGCUGAGAGUUCCGGGGUGGGAACAAGUGGCACUGGUGUGUCGUCCUCUCUGUGCAACGGCAUCAUCUCACAUUCAGAAGACCAUGAAUGCAAAAAAGAAUCGUCAUCAUCAUUAACUGUCACCGAAAAGGAAAGGGAAGAUGUUGCGGAAAGGGUAGAUUCUGAAUCAAACCCUUGUAUUGACAUGGAACAUGAUCAUCAAGAAGAAGAAGAAGCAAAUGGGAAAGAAGAUCCGACGGUUGGAAAUCCGGCUUGUUCGGACAUUACUACUUCAUCUCUGUCUGCUACUACAGAGUCCAAUCACCGGGAGAAAGAAGAUUCAGAAACUGAAAUGAUUGAUAAUGCUUAAUGAAUCCAAAAGGAUGGUGAAGAUCAACAAAUGGAGCUUCUAACUUGGCAAUAAUGCUUCUGGCAUAUUUGUUUUAGACGCUGCCACUUCUGGUGCCUGAAGGAGAUACUUAGUCAUGUGUGAGACAGAAACACUUCAGGAUGAUGAAGUACGUAGUAAGUUAUUGUUUUUGACUUUUAUUUUUCUGUUAAAAUAGAUUUUACCAUUGAACCCAAAAUUCUUAUAGCAAAGAACGGUUAACACAGUGAUAACUUUUUUUUUUUUUUGAUCAAAGACAGUGAUAACUUUUUGUGCUUAUUUUGGUUUGGAAAAAACAGAAAUCAAACUCAAUUUGACU